UCAUUUGCCCCACCUCCCACUCCUGAACAUCGCUGUUGCCCCCCCGGUUCACAGCGAAGGAAACAGCAGAAUGGCGUCCGGAGCCACGAACUUCUACGACUUGUACCGCCAUGGAAGCCUCGGCGUUUCCUUGACCGACGCCCUGGACGAGUUGAUCGGCGACGAGCGCAUUGACCCGCAACUCGCCAUGAAGGUCCUCACCCAGUUUGACCGCAUCAUCGCCGAAACCUUGCAGGAAAAGGUCAAGGCGCGGCUGACCUUCAAGGGCUCCCUCGACACGUACCGCUUCUGCGACGAGGUCUGGACCUUCCUGAUCCGCAACGUCACGUUCAAGCUCGACAACGGCAGCCAGACCGUGCAGGCCGACAAGGUUAAGAUCGUCAGCUGCAGCGCGAAGCGCACCGAGGAGAAGUAGAGGCGUACUCGUCUGGGGCUCCGCUGGCGCUGGUCGAAGGCGCGGAAGGCAUGUCGAGGAGCGGCGAUGGGUAUCCUCCCGUGGGAUUCUGGGAGGCUUCGAUGUUGAUGCCGGAGAUGGGACUCGUCUUGAGUUUCUUUUCCCUCAUCUUUAGAAACGGUUCAUUACCGGGCGUUUGCAGAGGUUCACGGCAUCGGGGCGGCGUUUAAGGAUCUGGUAAUUAAUCCCGGGAAGGUGGCUAUCGAACCCAUGGGCGGCGGUGGUCAUUACGGCGUUCUCUCGGAUAGGUUAUGAGGAUAUUGAUUGAGCACAUAGGGAAUGAGGGACUGCAGAUUGGCUGCAAUUUGGUGGUGACGCUGCGGCCUAUGUCGCCUUCGGCAUUUUGUCCCGUUUUGCGUUCCUUACUUCCAUCAAACCAACACAGUUACAUGGGUGGAUCAGGGCCUGGGAGGACGCAGAGAGGGAGGGAUGGGUUACAAACCACCACAGCGAGAAGCCAGGUAAAUGAGACGAUUGAACCCCGAG